UCGAGAACACACCCUGUGUCAUUAAACUCCACACCCAAUCCACUCUACGUAGCCAGGACUACUCUGCAUCAUCUCUACUUUGUCAAGUCAGGACAAUAAAAAUGGCCUUGGUGUCUGACUAUCUGUGUCAACUGUCUCUCAAUGUUGCGACAACCGAACCCACGUACCCCACUGUGGUGCCUGCCCCAGACUUUGACCCCAACAAGGAUGCUGCCCGGAUAGAUACUGCUAUCAAAACCAAAGGAGUGGAUGAGCAGACCAUCAUUGAUGUCCUGACCAAGCGAACCUACUCCCAAAGGAAAGAUAUAGCCUUUGAAUAUGAAAGGAGAACAAAGAAGGAAAUGAUCCCAGCUCUGAAGAGUGCAUUGUCUGGCUCUCUGGAAACAGUGAUCCUGGGACUGAUGAAGAGCCCAGCCCAGUACGACGCCUCAGAGAUCAGAGGAUCUAUCAAGGGUUUGGGAACAGAUGAAGAGACGCUUAUUGAGAUGUUGUGCUCACGUAGCAAUGCUGAGCUGGUGGAGAUCAGGAGAGUCUACAAGGAGAUGUUCAAGAAGGACCUAGAGAAAGAUGUGGCAGACGACACGUCUGGGAAUUUUGCUAAGCUGCUUUUGGCACUGGUGAAGACCAAGAGGGCAGACCCAUCCAGUGUGGUAGACUAUGAAAAGAUUGAUGCGGAUGCCAGAGCUCUCUAUGAUGCUGGAGUGAAGAUAAAAGGAACUGAUGUUGCUACCUGGAUCUCCAUUUUGUCUGAGAGAAGUGUUCCCCAUCUGCUGAAAGUGUUUGACAGGUACAAGAGUUACAGCCCUUAUGACAUGCAGGAGAGCGUCCGCAAAGAAGUUAAAGGAGACCUGGAAAAGUCCUUCCUGACACUAGUUCAGUGCAUUGAAAACAAGCAGCUGUACUUUGCCAACAGACUCAAUGAAGCCAUGAAGAGUAAGGGAGCCAAAGAGAAGGUGGUGACCAGGAUCAUGGUGUCACGCUGCGAGGUGGACCUCAUGAAGAUCCGCUCUGAGUUCAAGGCCCACUUUGGACAGUCUCUACACAAGACCAUUUCAGAGCACACCAAGGGUGACUACCAGAGGGUCCUGCUGAGCCUGUGUGGAGGAGAUGACUAAAAUAAAUCAUAGUCAUUAUCAAGUCCACUCUUUCCUCUGCAGGAAAGCUGGGGAAGAGAAUGACGUGAAUCAAACAUAACAGCAAAACUUUGGGACCAGUGCCCAUCCUACUGUUUCUCUGACAUUACACAUUCCACUACAGAUACAUAUCAGGAGAAAAUGUUAGCUUUUCAGUAUUUGAAGACUUUUAUGUGCAGCUUACUUUUUAAUGCCAACAAUUUUGCAAUAAAGUCACUUUGAUGAA